AUGGCCGACGAGUGGGGUGACGACGACCGCGGGUCGUUCACGAGCUUCGAGUCGGACCCACCGGCGCCCGCUGCCACGGGCACGGGCAUCGCGUUCGGCCCGCGCACCCCUCUGCUUGGCAACGCUGCGGUUGCUCCGCCCGGCCGGGCGGCGCGGGUGCGGACCACAGUGGCCGCCACCGGCGCAGGACUGCGCUUCCGGCUGUACCGGGCGUGGCGGCGGCUCGUAGAAUCGGCUCUGGAUGCGGGCGGCUCGGAUUCGAGCGAGCAGAGAGCGCCGGUGCAACCCCUGCGGUUUCGCACGCCCGUGGGGGCGCGCACGGCCGCGGCCGCGAGCGGAAAGGAGAUCCAGAGCCUCGACUAUCUCCCACAGAACAGCGCCCUGUACCGCGAAUGGCUCUCGCAGCACGCGCACCUCCACCACCGCCGGUGGGACCGCUGGGCCGUCGUCGCCUGCAUCGGCCUCGCGAUGGGCGUCGUCGGCUUCCUCAUGUACCUCUGCAUCGACGUGCUGUCGAGCAUCCGCGUCGUCGGCGCGCGCAGCAUCGCGCAGUCCGCGGGGCUCCUCCCGGCGUGGGCGUACUCGGUCGGCGUCAGCGCCGCGAUGGCGCUCGUCGCCUCGCACGUGGUCGUGCGCUACGCGCCCGAGUCGGCGGGCCCCGGGGUGCCCGAGAUCAUGGCCUACCUCAACGGGUGCGCGCUGCCCCGGAUCCUCUCCGUGCGGACGUUCGCGGCGAAGUUCCUCAGCGCGACGCUCGCGGUCGGGUCGGGUCUGCCCGUGGGGCCCGAGGGCCCGAUGAUCCACCUCGGCGCCAUCAUGGGCGGCGGCAUCAGCCAGGGGUACUCGCGGACGCUGAACUUCGACACGCGGCUGUUUCAGCGGUUUCGGAACAACAGGGACCGGCGGGACUUUGUCACCGCGGGGGUGGCGGUGGGCGUCGCGGCCGCGUUCGGGGCGCCGGUCGGCGGACUGCUCUUCGCGAUGGAGGAGGUGGCGUCGUUCUGGACGGCGACGCUGUCGUGGGAGAUCAUGCUCGCGUGCACGCUCGCGGUGCUCGCGAUGGGUCUGAUGGAGUCGAUCCAGGAGUCUCUGUUCGAAGAGGGGGGGCACUUCGGGCUGCUGGACCGCUCCUACACCGACCUGUUCGAGGUCAAGCAGGUCAUCAACGCGCACGUCGCGGCCGUCGUGCCCGCGGCGGUCAUCGGCCUCCUGUGCGGGGCGCUCGCCGCGGCCUUCACGCGCAUGAUCCUGCGUGCGGCUGCGUGGCGCAAGCGGGCCGUGGCGGCGCUGCAGCAGCCGGACACGUGGCGGAAGCUGGAGCCGGCGGUGCUCGCUGCGGUGUUCGCGACGCUCGCGGCGUGCCUGCCGCUGCUGUUUGCGUGCGUGGAGGCGCCGUGCCGCGUGGACCCCACGCCGACGCCCGCGGGCGCCGCGUCGCGCUUCGACUGUCCCCUGGCGCCGUCGAACGUCACGGAGCCGGACUGGAAGCCGAGCAGGGUGGUCGACGCGUACGUCAGCGCGUACGGCUGCCCCGCGGCAAACGUCACCGGGAAUAACGGCACCGCCCCGAUCGUGUACAACGAGAUGUCGACGCUCAUGCGGGGAACCGGCGAGGAGACGAUCCUGCGGCUGUUCUCCCGCAACACGCACCGGGAGGUCGGGUACCUCCCGCUGGCGACGAUGCUUGCGGUGUACUUGCUAGCCGCGGCGUGGGCCGCCGGCGCCGCCAUCUCCACCGGGCUCUUCGUCCCCAUGAUGCUCAUCGGCGCGCUCGUGGGCCGGCUCACCGGCCUCGCGGCGGUCGACCUCAUCGCGAGCUUGCACGGCGGCAGCCCCGGCGCGCCCCCCGGGGUGUUUUUGGACCCCUCCCCGUGGUCCUGGAUCGACCCGGGCGCCAUGGCGCUCGUGGGCGCGGGCGCGUUCAUGUCUGGCGUCACGCGGCUGACGGUGUCGCUCGUCGUCAUCACCGUCGAGCUCUCGGGGGACCUCCACUUCCUGGUCCCCCUGUUGACGAGCGUCAUGGUGGCCAAGGCCGCCGCCGACGCCCUUCAGCCCUCGGCGCUGUACCACGCGCAGCUCGAGGCCCGCAACGUGCCGUUCCUGGGCGAUCCCGACGCGUGCGUAAAGGACGCGAGCGCGCUCGGCGGCGGGAUGCACUCCCUGGACCUCGUGCCCGUGCGCGCCGCCAUGGCGCACCCCGUCGCGACGGUGCCGGAGAAGGCCCCGCCGGCCGCCCUGCGCGCGGUUCUCGCGGCGUGCCCGGCCAGCGGCUUCCCGGUCGUGCGGGCAAACACCCCCACGAGUCAGGUCGCGGGUGGGGGGAGGGUCUUCGUGGGCAUCAUCCUGCGGAAGCACCUCGAGGUGCUGCUGCGGAGCCACGAGGAGGCGAACGGAGGCCACCUGCAAGCGGAGUCGUACGGCUGGGGCGUGGCGCCGCACCCGCCCGCCCGCGCGGCGACCGGCGCGAGGGAGCUGGCCGUCCUGGACCGCCCGGCGCUGUCCGUGGGCGACCACGCGGGCUCGAGGAGGCAGCGGAGGAAGGAGAGGAAGCGCGGGCGGAAGGCGGGCGCGGACGUGCAGAUGAUGCCGCUGGAGAUGGACGCAGAGAAGGCGGGGCUGCUGCACCACGGCGAGGACGGCAGCGACCGCGGCGGGGGCAGCAGCGGGGGGCGUUCGGCGUCGCCGAAGACGCCGCGAGCGGGCACGGCGCCGAGCGGCGGCGCGGGGGGCGCGAAGGCGGGCGGGAGCGACUCUGCGACGACGGCGGGCGCGGCGGGGUCCGCGGGCGAGGAGGCGGGCGAGGGCCUGGACUGGGAGGACGCGGCGACGGCGGAGGGGCCGGAGGAGAUCUGGUCGCGGCGGGACGAGGGGGAGCUGGUGGACCUGCGGCGGUUCGUCGACACCUCCGCGAUGAAGGUGAGCGAGGACUUCAGUUUGGAGCGGGCGUACUUGUUGUUCCGCGCGAUGGGUCUGCGGCACUUGACGGUGACCGACGUGCAGAACAACGUCAUCGGCAUCAUCACGCGGCACGACCUGCAGCCGGACGUCCUGCAGCGGGCCGUGCAGCACACCGUCACGCAGCUCUUCUGA